AUGCAGAGCGAGAUGCCAGGCCCCCAGCGCGGCACGACAACGAGCGAUAAGCCCGACUCGGUUCUGGUUAAAAUCAUGGACACGGGAGAGUUCAGUGACCUGACGUUUGUCUGCAACGGGGAAGAGUUCAAAGGUCCACAAGGCCAUUGUGUGCACGCAGUCCGAGCCGCUGAAAGCAGCAGUCCAGGGUGGCUUCCUACGUUGCUCACUCGAGCCAUGCAGGAAUCACACACAGGCACGAUCAGCAUGGACAGUUUCCAUGUGCAGACCGUGAAACACUUCGUGCAAUUCAUGUACACGGGCGAUUAUGACAGCAAUGAUCCGCCGGACGACGAUAGAUACCCUGGAAGCGCCAGCUUCGACUCCGACCGGUUCCCUACACACAUGAUUGACCCGAGAAACGCCCCUCAAUGGACUGCCGGCGGAGAGAGCAGCACCAUGACUGCAACAGCGUCGGCGCCAUCCCCAACCGCUGCAGCCUCCUUUCUCGACCACAUUCGUGCCAACUCGGCUGAAGCGACUGAUUGA